CCGGCAGAAGCCGCGGCCUCUGCAAUCAGGCUGCGUGGUUCCCUGAGGGAAGGACGAAGGUUUGGGAGAAGAGAAGUCCCGAACGUCCAACUUCGGGGAAGGGCUUCAUCCUUCUGGGUAGCGAUCCAAGGGCCUGACUUGUCUAUCCAAGUUGGGACUCAGAAAACUCAGUGCCAACUUGUAUCAGAAUCAGUGAUUUUAAUUAGCUACCAACCCCCAUUCUCUUUUCGUGUUCUAAACUCUUAUCUCUAAUCUUUCCCCCUCUUUCUCUUUUAUUUUUCUUUUUAAAUGAGAGAAAAACAUCCCUUGAGAAAGCAGAGCAGGAAUCAUUUAUUAUUUACCUAUGAGACAUUAAGACAUUUCUAAUAACUGUCUUUCAACUUCAUUUUUUAUUUUGUAAGGACUUAAUAUAUAUAUACAUGUAUCAUAUGUAUAUAUCUACAUACAAUACAUAUUUAUACACAUUUCUCAUACUCCCACCCCAGUCACAUUGGUUACCAACUGCUUUGGGGUUCAGGAGACUAAACUGAAAGAGAGAGCAAAGAAACUGGGCAAUCCCUCAGCCUGCCCCCCAGGACUUUUCCCCAGCCAUUGGCUGUCCCCUGUCCCCAGAGGACCUAGGGCUUUGGCUUGAUUCUGAAGUGCCAGGAAGAGGGAAGCCUGAAGUAGUAUUAAGAUGCCAGUCAACAAGAGCUUGGAUGUCCCUUCCAUCGAGACUCUUAAGCCCUAUCAGGGCUCUGGGCAGCUAUCUCAGGACACCAAGAAUGAAAGCGCCCCUGUAAGUCCAAAGGAUAUGGAAAAAGCAAAGGCUAACAAAAUUACAAAGGGUUCGGCACCUAGGCAGAGCUUUAGGUAUAUGGAGAAGGAAAUCACAAACCUCAAGAGAGACCUCCUACACAGCCGCUACUUGAUACGGUCAGUGAAGGUGGGCCAAGGAUAUUUCGAUAUUUUGAAGGCGGAGAACGCAAUGAGAAAGAAGGCCUUGAUGGAUAAAAAGAGAGAAGAAGAAGAGAGAAACAAAUUCCAGCCCCCAAAAUUGUCUGCAGCUGAACCCAGUGACACUAGCCUGGGCUUGUACGAUCGAGUGAGAAAAAUAGAGGGGAUGCCAGAUGUCCUUCUACGGCCUUUCAACCCGGUGCACAACUGUCUGAGUUCGCCAUCGCUAUCGCAGGCACAAGUAGAGCCCCUUUUCCGGCAACUCUGUGCCCUCCACUGGCUCCUGGAAGCACUGACCAUUGACCACAACCACCACAGCAUGAAACCAGUGAUAACCUGCUGGAAUGAAAAGGACCCUGGCGGCAGCAAAAGUACAUUAAAAAAAAUCAAUAAGGAGAAGGUGAUAUUACACAAAUGGGAACACUUCAUCACGCCGCCAAAGUCCAGGAAAUAUAAAAUCCCAGCUCCUCGGAUCACAUCCAGCCGGAAGCCUAGCCGGAGGCCAUCAACCAUCAGCCUUUCCCGCACCAGCGGAGGGUCCUCUCUGCAGAGCAGCAUGCUGUCAGUGAACCCCAUUGGCUCCGACGAGCCCCAGAGCACAGGGACCGUGGGCACCAGCAGUAAAGAGCUCGAGGACAAUGAGUCUUCAUCCACUAGGCAGGAUGAGGAGAACAUUCCUGUCAGUCUUCAAAAGCUCAUGGAGAUGGUGCGUGAAGAUGCCAGGAGAACAGUCUGUGCAGAAGAGGAUUCCAAAAAGUUUACAAGCACUGUGCCCAUCCUCAAGCCCUUGAUGAAGAGUGAGAUGGAUUCUGCCCAAAAAUCCAGCAUAACCGAUAAGUCAAGCAGCAGCAGCACAGAGAGUAUCCAGCGGCCUAAGAGCUAUCCCUCUGAUGUGUCAGACGCCAAGAUGAACGUGUGUGCCAACAUGAGAGCCAAGUUUUUCAGCGUCGCGCAGGAAGCUGGUUUCUGCCUACAGGACAGACUAGAAAUUCUCGCCAAGAGGCAGGAAGAAAGAGGCUUCCAGAAGUUUUUUGCUUUCAGCAUUGUCUCCAAUUUUUAUGAAGACAUAGAAAAAAUGAGACAUCCAAUCACUAUAACAAGAGGAGAUGCAGAGGAGUUGGCUAACCACUGGUAUUUUGACUUAUUAUCUAAACUCCCGGAAGACUUAAAGAAAUAUCGUCCUGCCAAGAAAAUCCUACAGAAAUUACAAAAGCAUGGAGAGAAUUUGGACCUCAGAAUCCGUCCACAUGUCCUCCUCAGAGUGCUGCAGGACCUCCGUACAUGGGAGCUGUGCUCCCCUGACAUUGCUGUGGCCAUUGAGUUUGUACGAGAACAUAUUGUCCAAAUGCCCCAAGCGGACUAUAUCAAGUGGCUUCGGACUCGGGUCAACCUUCCCAUGAGAAGCCACAGCGCCCCACCCCCUUAGAGAGGUCGAAGCCAGAGGCUGCCAAGGGACGGCCCAGCCUGGCAAUGGGAACACUGUGAAGGAAGACGGGGAAUGUAGAUGGAAGUGUUGGAACCCUUGGGAGGCUGGCAGUGCCCAGAGAAGUGCCUCCUUCAGCUCCAGCCCCACUGCCCAAAGAGCCAAGAGGAAGAAAGCCAACUCAGCCUCCUCCCCAGCUCCCAAGCUUCUCACAUCCUGCUCCGACACCCCCUAAAUGAGAAAAGCCUGACCAGCCACACCUUGGUUUCCAUCCCUGCUUUUCAUCAAGGCUCAACUUCCCUCCAAAAAAGAUGGAGACUGCUCUUCGCCACCAUAAGAGAAAACUCAAGCCAGCUCAGGGACCCUUUGCACGCCAGAAGUCAGACGCCAGAGGGGGUCUCCCACUGGGGCUCUGCUCUCCAACAACCCAGCCUUCCGGAAUCCACCAGGCUCCUCCAAUCCACUUACCUUCCCCCCUCUCAGGUCCAUCACUCUAGUGUUCUAUCAGGUUCGGUCCAGUGUUCCAUCCUUUCCCAAUGUCUCUUUACUACU